ACGAGAUUAUCACUCCCGUGGAUCGUUCCGGUCAAACUAAAGCGGAGAGACACCGGACGGUCAACCGGUGAAACGCGGGACGGAGAGGCUUUAUUUACAGCCCUAUUCACUAACUUUAACAAGUGAUGCUAUUAUAAAGAUAAGCGUUUUCAAUAACCUCGCGUCAUUAUAAUGAACCGCCUCAGAUAUUAACAGCGCGACGCUAAGCCGCUUUAAGACGCGCGCGCAGGUGGAUGGAAAUAGCGCGAGCUCGGGCUGUGAACCUGACAGAAAACUUUUGCGUCAAACAACGAAGAAUGAACAGCGAUGAUCUUAGAGCUUACUGGGACUCUCAGCGUCUUCUUUCCUUUAAAGACAAAAAAUAAUGGGACGCAGGUCGAAGUUUUCAGGAGCGCUCAAAUAAUGGCUAAGAAGAAACGGGUUUUAACGGUCAGUUUUAUCAAAGGAUUCCCAGAUGACAGGUUAUUAUAGAGGCAGACAUGCCAGCCAACCUCACCAUCUCCAGCCACACCACGAACUACAACUUCCCAGCGCUCAUUUUCGGGGUAUUAUUGAUCAUUAUCAUCAUAUGUGGGAACGUGCUGGUGUGUCUGAGCGUUUACACGGAGAAAGCGCUGAAAACCACAACUAACUACUUCAUAGUCAGCUUAGCUGUUGCUGAUUUGCUGCUGGCUGUUCUGGUAUUACCGCUGUUCGUGUAUACAGAGUUCCAGGAUGGAGUUUGGUCCCUUAAUAUGACCCUUUGUGAUGGACUGAUGACGAUGGACGUGAUGCUUUGCACCGCCUCCAUAUUUAACCUCUGUGCCAUCAGCAUUGACAGGUUCAUCGCAGUCUUUGUCCCUCUUAACUACAACCGCCAACAUGUGGACCAGCGACAGAUUGUCCUGCUUUCCGCCACAUGGAUCCUGGCCUUAGCCGUGGCCUCCCCUGUGAUGUUCGGCAUCAACAACGUCCCCGACCGGGACAACAGCGAAUGCAAGCUGGAGGACAACAACUACGUGGUCUAUUCCUCCGUCUGUUCGUUUUUCGUGCCGUGCCCCAUCAUGCUGUUGCUGUACUGCGGGAUGUUCCGGGGCCUGAGGAAUUGGGAAGAGGCGCGCAAGGCCCGGCUGAGGAACAGCAUGCAGACAUGCCGAAAGCUUCAGGAGGCCGCCGCCUCGCUCCCGCCCCUGUCUGGCCUGCCCCCCCCUCUGCCGCCUGUGAUCGAGAAAGACCUCACUGACACAGAGGAGCUGGACCACGAUCACUACCCCGAUCCUGACAGCCCAGAUCCGGUGUCCAUGCUCGCCUACCCUGCUGGGAACUACAAAGAUCAAAACCAGAACCGGCAGAGGAAGGGGGCGAAAAUAAACAGGAGGGAGAGGAAAGCAAUGAGGGUGCUUCCCGUUGUAGUAGGUGCCUUCCUGUUCUGCUGGACGCCGUUCUUCGUAGUGCACACGAUGAGGGCUCUUUGCGAGGAGUGUGAAAUCCCUGGCUUUGUCAUUAGUAUCGUGACCUGGUUGGGCUAUGUCAACAGCGCCCUCAACCCCAUCAUCUACACCGUCUUCAACACAGAGUUCAGGAAGUUCUUCCGGAAGUUCCUCCCGACUCUGCCCAACUGCUGCUAGCCUGAACACGUUCUCUGCUAACGGUUUACGAACAUAACAUACCCAGAAGUAU